UUGAUCUAUAAAUUUAUUUUACUAUCGAUUCCUUUAUAUCUGGCUUUUAAAUCUAUCUAUCUAUCUAUCUAUCUAUCUCAGCAUGUUCUUAUGUAUCUACCUAUCUAUUUAGAGCAGGGAUUCUCAGUCAGGGGAACACCUUCCUCCUCCAGGGGAGAAUUUUACAUCUGUUCAUAUGUAAUGUAUUGUCGUCAGUUCGUAUCUAUCUAUCUAUCUAUCUAUCUAUCUAUCUAUCUAUCUAUCUAUCUAUCUAUCUAUCCCAGUCUGUUCAUAUAUAAUGUAUUGUCGUCUGUUCGUAUCUAUCUAUCUAUCUAUCUAUCUAUCUAUCUAUCUAUCUAUCUAUCUAUCUAUCCUAGUCUAAUCAUAUGUACUGUAUCGUCGUCAGUUCGUAUCUAUCUAUCUAUCUAUCUAUCUAUCUAUCUAUCUAUCUAUCUAUCUAUCUAUCCUAGUCUAAUCAUAUGUACUGUAUCGUCGUCAGUUCGUAUCUAUCUAUCUAUCUAUCCUAGUCUAAUCAUAUGUCCUGUAUCGUCGUCAGUUCGUAUCUAUCUAUCUAUCUAUCUAUCUAUCUAUCUAUCUAUCUAUCUAUCUAUCUAUCUAUCCCAGUCUAAUCAUAUGUACUGUAUCUUCGUCAGUCCGUAUCUAUCUAUCUAUCUAUCUAUCUAUCUAUCUAUCUAUCUAUCUAUCUAUCUCAUGCUACUUUAUGGCGUACCAGACAUUAACAAACAACAUAGUCAGUUCAUAUUUAUCUAUCUAUCUCUGUUCAUAUCUAUUUCUGUUCUUAUCUAUCACAGUCUCUAUCUAUCUAUCUAUCUAUCUAUCUAUCUAUCUAUCUAUCUAUCUAUCUAUCACUGUCUCUAUGUAUGUAUGUAUGUCUCUAUCUAUCACAGUCUGUCUGUCUGUCUGUAUGUAUGUAUCUAUCUAUCUAUCUAUCUAUCUAUCACAGUCUGUAUGUAUGUAUGUAUGUAUGUAUGUAUGUAUGUAUCUAUCUAUCUAUCUAUCUUUGUUCAUAUCUAUUUCUGUUCUUAUCUCUCACAGUCUGUAUCUAUCUAUCUAUCUAUCUAUCUAUCUAUCUAUCUAUCUAUCUAUCUAUCUAUCUCAGUCUGUUUAAUAUCUAUCUAUCUAUCUAUCUAUCUAUCUAUCUAUCUAUCUAUCUAUCUAUCACAGUCUGUAUGUAUGUAUGUAUGUAUGUAUCUAUCCCAGUCUGUCUGUCUGUCUAUCUAUCUAUUACAGUCUGUAUCUAUCUAUCUAUCUAUCUAUCUAUCUAUCUAUCUAUCUAUCUAUCUAUCUAUCUAUCUGUUUAAUAUCUAUCUAUCUAUCUAUCUAUCUAUCUAUCUAUCUAUCUAUCUAUCUAUCACAGUCUGUAUGUAUGUAUGUAUGUAUGUAUCUAUCCCAGUCUGUCUGUCUGUCUAUCUAUCUAUUACAGUCUGUAUCUAUCUAUCUAUCUAUCUAUCUAUCUAUCUAUCUAUCUAUCUAUCACAGUCUGUAUGUAUGUAUGCAUGCAUGCAUCAUCCUAUGAUCAUUAUCUAUCUAUCUAUCUAG